ACAACACUGAGAGCGUCGCCAUAUUGAGUUUGUCAAUCGUCGUGAGAGAAAACCGAAGCCGCCCAAGCACUGGAAGCAUCGGAAACACCCCGUACGGGCAGUGUGCGAUGGCAGGGCCGCGGUGUUUUCCGCCUUCCGACCAUAGAAUGUGGAAAAACAGCCUGACUAACUUGCCUCCGCUAUCGGACGAAACUCUCGGGGGCCUUUGCACGAUGGCGACAACCUCGUCAAAGCAGCGGAGCAAGUCCUACGUCUUCGCUGUGGAAGCCUACACAGUGCCGUCUUCCGUGCGGACGAACAUCUGCGAUUCAAGCCUUGGGAUCGUCUACGGCCGAGCGGUGUGCUACCGGAGCCAGAAAAAAACUGGUCUGCCCUACAACGUCCUCCUGGCGUUCAAGGCUGACAGCGGUGAAGUUACAGAAUCAAGAUGCGCGUGCCCUGCUGGUGCAGGGGGUGCGUGCAGCCAUAUACUUGCUGUUCUACGGCUGUUUAUUUUGUUGAAGAAAGAGGGAUUUAAAGAGGCACCGCCUGAGCUCUCAUGCACAGAACUUCCCCAACAAUGGGGGCGCCCUCGCCGACAAGGCAUCAAGCCGAUGAGCGUCCAGGAUGUAGACUGGAGGAGUUCUCGGGAGGGUGGCAUGGAGAUGGCAAUGCCAGUGCAGCUCUACGAUGCACGAGCUGAGAAGCAGGAGGACGAACAACAGCUGCAGUCUUUUCAUGCACUAGAAAGGGGCCUCGAGAACAUUGGAAACUUUGACUUCGCGUCAGUUCUCCUAGCAGCACGAAGGCAGUCUGUGGAAACAAAACUCGGACCUGCCCCUGCCGGCUCUCCAAUGUCCUACCAGCAAGCUCAACUACCUGCAGGCUUCACAACAUGGAUGUCUGACAACAUUGUCAUGGGAGCAGGCACCAUCAGCUUGGUUCCAGUACCGUCUUUCUUCGACAGAGCUUCACAGCCAACAUUCCCUGGCGGGUUGAGCGCUCAAGAAUUGAGCAUAUUGACAGAAAUCCAGCUUUCACCAGAGGAGGCGAGAGACCUGGAGCGUAAUACCAGGCAGCAGCGACACAGUCAACGCUGGAAGAAAGCACGGCUGAACAGACUAACUGCAUCGCGUUUCGGAUGUGUCAUCACACGCAAAGAGUGGACGGAGAAGGGCCUCAAGAACCUAAUUGAGCCAAAGGACCUGACACGCGUUCGUGCUGUUCAGUACGGGAUAAGAAACGAAAGCAUGGCCAAGGACCGGUAUGUUGCUGUGAUGAAGAACUAUGGACACAAUGUGUCAAUUCAGCCCAACGGCCUUUUUGUAGAUCCAUCAUGCCCCUGGCUAGGUGCAACGCCCGACGGACUAGUCUAUGACCCAGAAGAGCUGUCGUACAGUAUUCUAGAAGUCAAGUGCCCACAUUCUCUCAAAGACAGUGAGCCAGACUAUGCAAAGAAACAAAAGUUUUCUCUAGUUUUUGGAGAGAAUGACAAGCCACAGCUACACAGAGACCACGAUCACUAUGCCCAGGUUGUGGGGCAGAUGGCUCUGACUGGCUGUUUGUGGGGAGACUACGUUGCUUGCUCGGAGAAAUGGAUCGGCGUCGACCGUAUUCGAUUUGAUCAAAAUGAAUGGCUCGAAAUGCGCAAAAAGCUGGACAGCUUUUUCUUUGCAUACAACCUUCCCUAUCUUGUCAGGAGGCAGGACACGUGCUAGUGUCUAAAACAAAAGGCAAUGGGUAAAAGCCACUUGGAGAGUGGAAAUGCUUUCCUCACAUUCCUAAGUAGCACACUUGACCGGCGUAAGCUAGAGCCAUACCUGGCCCAAGCUUGCGCCGGUCAAGUGUCCUACUUGGGUUAUGUACACAUUGCGACAUUGUUAGCGCAAACACAACAUAACUGCAUUUUCUCAU